AUUAUUAAAUCAUUUAAUUUUGAUUUUAAGUUCAAGUUUUUUAGAAGAACCGCACAUCAUUUAAGUAUAUAUGCUUUUUAAGGUUAACACUUUCUCUUCAUUUCUCUUCAUUACAAUAUGGGAACCAAAUCUGUAGAGCUUUUUCCAGUUUUUUCCCCCCCCAAAAUCUUAUUGUAAUAUCCCUAGCAUUGAUAAUGUACUGCUCUAAUAUAUAAAAUAUAGGUUGGACUAGUCCAUUUCUGAUGUUCCGUAAGCUAACAGUUAAAAUUGUUUGAUAAUUUGAUAAUCAAGUUAUAAAAAUAUGAAUCAUCUGGAGAAGUUGACAGUUUCAGGAACAUACAUGUUACAUCUGACCUGCAUUUUGUCUAUUUAUUUAUAACCAAAUAUAGUAUUGCAAACAGCUACCAUCUGGUGAUUAGCCUUACAAAAUCACUUUGACAGAUAUAUUAAAUAUACUCUGUAGAUUUAAAGUGGAGCAACUGGUGAGAAAUUGUAAGGUCAAAAGUUCAGACCUAUUUACAAAAUAAGCUGUAAUUGCCAUACAGUGCUGUAAUACUAUGGUUUCUGACAUUUUUCACAAAUUCUCAUUUUACUCCAAUUGUACCUACAGAAGGUUUUCACACUCAAUUGUAGGAAAGAGGGCCACUCUCAAAUUUCAUAAAUAAGAACAUAAACACAAUAUCAUGUUUAGUCAUUGAGGCCGAAACAUUUAAUCACCUGUUUAAAGAAUUGAAUCUCAAGUGGUCAUUCUAUUCACAUCUUUUAUUCUUCUAUUCUACAUUUUAUCUGCUAAACAAGCUAGUUGGUUCGGUUGUCUUUUUUUUUCAAUAUUUGCACAAGAUAUGUAAAAGCUUCGUUUCGAAACAACUACAAUACAUUAGUCAUGUAUUAAUCUAAAUAUUGCUGAAAUGGUCUGUUUAUUUUCCUGUAGAUAUUACAUGAUAAGUCCAGUAAAUUUGAACUUGUGUUGAAAAGUAGGUAAAAAAUUGAUCCAUAUGACUUUAUACUCUUCUCUAGCUCGAUGCACACGAUCCCAGGGCUCCCGUAAUAUUUAAUGUCACAAAUGCUAUUUCAUACCAGAUCGUUUUAUUUCAUUUCCAUUUGAAAUUUCACCCUAAAAGUUAUGUGUUGAACAAUUAAAGGCAACAAAAAUAUCAAUUCAAAAUUAAAUUUUUCUGAUACCAAACUGUUUCGUUUUCGUUAAAAGUUUCAGUGGAAAAAGUGUCAUUCAACUGUUGACAAAAAACAACAAACCAACUAUCACAUGACACACACAGUUGCGUGAUAGUAUCUAUUUCUGUGUUGAGCAAUUUAUGAAUUGUGCAGGGUUUUUUGUUGUGAAUGAUAUUGAGGAUUACAUUGAAAACAUCUUGUGAGAAAUCCACACAUUUGAGAGAAGGAUAGAUGUCCAAUAGUGUACCGUGACUCGUUUUAAACGUGGAGGGUUUAAUUACACGAUGAGAUAAUAACAUAUAGUUACUAAAGAUAACACAAAAUAAUACACCAAUAUGAGUACUGAUAUUGUUGCCCUGGAAAAACAGUAUGCCAAACUACGCCGAAAACAACAUCAUGCAUGUGUUGUCAUAUCAGGCAUUAAACCAGCUCGGGCCGAGUCUGAUGUUGACAAAGAUAGUCCAGUCAGUCCCGGAGGGCCAGGAUUACUGGAAGAGGAGGCUAACAAUAUGGAGGGCUCAGUUGCCAUGCUUACCCUUUCUGUUCCCUUAGAAACUGAGAAAAGCAACCAAGAUCUUACUGACCCUAUAUCUCCAACUGUGUUUGGAGAUACCAAAUGUUUCUUUGUCCAAAAUCUCAAGAAGAAAACUAAAGAAAAGCAUCAUCCAAAACGCUCCAAGAGAUGUAACAACUCUGAUGAUAACUUGCAUUCAGACAAACCAAGCACUAGUGAAGAUGGAAAUGAAAGCACUGCAUAUCAUGAAGAUACUAGUAAAAAAUCCAAUAAGAAGAAUAAAAAAGUUUGCUUCAAAGAUGAAACAGAUACUAUAGAUGUUAAGGAAGAUAUUCAUGGUGAAGAACAAACAUUUGACAAUAAAAAUGGUAGUGAGAUGUGUGAAACCAUUGAACAAAAACAAGAAAACAACAUCAGUGAUCCGCAAGAAGUAGAAAUGAAGAAAACUGAAGAAAUUUGUGUAGGUAAUGGACAUAAAGAAAUAGGGUGUGUAGAAACUACAGUAUCUGAAGAAAUUGACAAUGAUACUGGUGCAACCAAAAAUGGAUUUAAAAUUGAUGGUGAAUUUUCAGACAGAAUUAAACAAGGGAAUGACACUUCAGGUAAUGGUGUAAAAGAAAUUAAAGGCAUGCCAGUUGAAGAAGAAGUGUCAGAGAAAGAAGAAAACGAAAUUGAUGACUCUAAAACAACAUCUGAACUAAAUACAAACAUUCUAAAAACAUCAAGAACUCAAGGUCUUAGAAAUCCUUCUUUAAAGUACUCGAAGCAGUACUACCCUUCAAACCAAAUAUCACAUAAAAAGCAUAGAACCAAAUCGGAAAGUGCAGAAAACUCAAACAAGCAGAGUAUAUACCAACAUUUCAACCUGACCAAGAGGCAACUUAGUUUGGAUUCUGCUUUCAGUGGUGGAAAUAAUAAAUCUGCACAGGCUAAAAGCAUAGAAUUUCCUUUCCCUGUACAUAUGAUUAAUGAACAUAAGAUAAAGGCUGGUAUGAAAUUAGGACUUUAUGACCAUAAGGCCCUGGAGAAAUUCGAGAAAACAAGAAAAAUACCAAAGACAAAACUUCCAAAUCUUACAUUUGAUUGACAAGCUUAAAACAUUAUUACAUUGACACAUUACUCACAAACAAUGCACUGUCCUUAGUAACAUGAAUAUAUUUUGAAUUAUAAAAUUCAAAUUUUUUCUUGACUUAAUCUAUAACCUGUUGAAACUGGGUGAUAAGCCUUUUCCACCUGUAAAGAGCCAGGCCAGCCUGCGCUGCCGUGCAGUCUUAUCAGCUGUUUAACUGUUGGUAGCUCAUUUUUUUCUGCAUUUUGACACUAAAAUCCCUGAUUCUUUGAAUGGACCAUUCAAAAUUCAAAGCAUGCAAAUUCAGAGGGUUAAAGCAUUAGACAAAUUUAGAAUUUCUUCAUUUGAUAUUAACAGGAUGUAGUUAUUGACGUCCCAGCAUUCCACAGUGACAGUUUGAUUUUUCAUGCCAUCUCUGAUUUCAACUCUGUGCAUAAAAUACAAGACAUAAUUGAUUUUAACUCAUGCAGUAGUGUUAUAUUUUGCUUUUAAAUAAAUAAAAGUCAUUUUGUUUCUGUCUCAUUUAGAAAUGUUUAACCUUUUUCUACAAGCAAAGACUUAAUCUAUAAAACAUUCUGGCUCAAUCGGAUUUUGGUUUACGUAAGCAGACGUAUCAUACGAGAAUAAAUGAGUUAUGUUUAGCAUCAUGAACAUUAUUGAUAAAGCAUAAAAAACCAGGAGUACAGACCUUGUAACUGUAUGGUGUCAGGUGUUCUUACUUCUGUACUAGAGCUUAUCUUGUUAAGUUGUUACAUUACUGUUGUUUCUUUCUUUUUUUUGUAUUAUAUUAUGAGGGAAUCUUAAAAUUUUACAACUCUGGAUAGUACAUCUUAAUAGUUAAUAAAUUCUGUAUUUGUACUAUGAACUAUGAUAUCACUUGCAAAAAGAAUUCUUUUUUAAUGAAAAUUAAUUAUUUGAUAAUUGUGUAAUAUUUUAUUGAUUUAUUGAUACCAAUAUUAAUAGAGAAUCACUAUGCAAAUUGAUUCAGUUAAAUCAAUAUUAAUGUUAAGAAUACGUUUGUUUUUAUUCAUUAAGAAUAUUAUUUUAGGGCUCUUUGGAAAUACCUUUACUAAUUUAAACCUUACUUAUUUUCAGUAGUAUAAAUAAAUGUCAUGUCAUCACAUAUUUGAAGCUCAAUAAAAUCA